GCUGGCUCCUAGGUGCUGUCGUGCUGAGGUGCUGCGCACAUAUUGAGCUGAGCUGUGUUAUUGUUGAUCUAGCCCGGCCGGAAAACCCUCUCGAGCACUUUUUAAGUGAAGGAUCUGUAGGCACCCUUGAUAUUUCUCCUCGCCUGUAUUACGAAUCUCCAGUAAAAAUGGCUUUCCUUGGCGCUCCCUGUAGACAAGUUACAACGCCGGCUUUUGACGCUUCCCCGGCCCGCCAAGCUUUGUCGACCGCUGCCAGCUCGCCCCCUACACAGAAGCAGUUCGUCGAUCGGCUCAGCGCCUGAUCAAACACACAUGUCAAAUCCAGACAGCAUUAGUCUUGCAAGGUCCUUGCAGCUAGCUAAUUCCAAUGGGGAAGUUAGUGAGCAGGUCAAGUACAGGCAGCCAAUGCGGUGCCUUCGCAAUAGACUGCGGUGAAUUAUGUUGCACAUGAGUGGGGGAUCUGCACCAGCCUUCUCGCCUUCUUAUUCCACCACGGCCGGUUGCUCACGAUCGUUUCCGAAUGUACCAUGUGGCAAGGUCCUAAAGUUCUCAUGAGCGCUCUGCCAAAGGAGAAAAGCAGGUGGCGCCAGCAUGGAGCAUGAUAGAGAGGUCCAUGCUGAUUGUGAUGAAGUGUCUAGCUGGUGUCGGUGGGUGACAAGGAGGACAAGUUUAACGACCUCAGAGGUGGGCUAGCAACCCGGCUUGCAUGACAAAAAAGCGGUCUGCAAGCCAAAAAGGAGUAUGCGGGAGGGGACAGCGGUCCAGCGCCAAAGAACAACCACGAAAAUCCAAUCGCAGUUGGCCAAUCAGGGCUCCAGAAAGAGCUGGAGCAUUUGCAUGGAUAAUUAACGUGCCCUGGGAGGGAGGAGAGACCCGCUCGCAAAGCACCUGGAGACCUGGUCAAACGCGCAGGCGUUUCAACACCUGCCCCAGGAAAGGCGCCCUCGAUCGAGGCGUCCUCGAGCUCGCGCGCGCCCGGCUCCGACGCUGACGUCAUCGGUCCAACCGCCUGUGCGAGCACGCGAUCAGCGCAAUAUCUCACGAACGUAUCCUAGGGUGGAUCGGCAAAAUGCAGGGGAAAGCUUCGGACUUAAAGGGGGCGUCGGGGCCUUGGCUUCGCAGCGACAAUAUGGCGCACUCUUGGGGGUAAAGUUCGCCACGAAAAUGCCCGAAAAAUGCGGGCGGCAGCUGCCGUCGGCACCGAGUUUGGGGUAAAACAGUGCCGUCGGCAUCGUGGGCCUGACGGAAGGGGUACGCGUCGCAGACGCCCCCUUUAAGCAUUAGCCAAGGCAAACUUAUUCGUUUGGGAGAACGCGACACGUCGCACAACGGAAUGGCCGCGGGACGCUUCGAAUGGACCCGUUUACGCCUGGGGUGGCAACUUCGAAUCCGCAGAUGUUCGAAGUAAAAAUCAUCUUGACGAAUCCGCAUAAGCGCUCGUUCAGAAUCUCAAGAACAGGAAUACGUCUUUGUCUUCGUCAUAACGAGACGGUUCCAGAGCACUAUAGAUUGUUGGAUUUUGACCCCCCCAUCUUACAUGUUUUGCGGAUCUUUCAACCAAUAAGAUGCAAACGAUGCACUUAUAUGGCAUGCAGCGACCAAAUCUACUCCCUUUACGUGCCUCGAUCCCGCCUCGAUCACCCGACAG